AUGAUAACGCCAGAGGAAACUUUGACUAAAGCUCUCUCGGCAGCUAGGGAGUGGCUAACGGUUCAAACCACUACUGCAUCUCCUCCUCGAAAUGCCGUCCACCCCUCCUAUCAAACAGUGUCCAACUGCAUUACUGUAAACACCGAUGCUUCCUGGCAUUCUGAUCGUUUGGUUGCAGGUUUGGGCUGGAUCAUGGACACAGGACAAAACAGAGCUUCACACAUGGCGCACUGCUACUUUGUCAGCUCACCAUUGGUGGCGGAAGCACUUGCAAUAAGAGAAGCCAUCACUCUGUGCAUUAAAAAGGGAUUCCUUCGUGUGCACGUAAAGUCUGAUUCCCUACAGCUCGUCAAAGCCAUUACCUCGGGCUCGUCUUUCCCUGAAGUCUAUGGAGUAAUUGCUGAUAUUUGCAACAUUAGUCUUGCUUUUGAUUGUAUUUCCUUUUCUUGGAUCCGACGGGAAAACAACAAAGAUGCCGAUGCACUAGCUAGGCAAGCUUUGUUGAACGAACCGUUUGUUGUAGCUACACUAAACGUUGAAGAUUAA